AUGGAAAACUUCAUUCUGUACGAGAAGCUGGGAUCAGGGAGCCGGUCUGUUGUCCAAAAAGGAAGAUUGAAAGGAAGUCUCAACUAUGUGGCUGUUGUGUGUUCUGACAAAGUCAAAAGACCGGAGAUCAUCAACCAUGUCCGCCUUUGUCAUGAUUUUGAGCAUCCCAACAUUGUAUCGUUUUAUGAAUGGUAUGAAACCAGAAAUCAUCUGUGGUUAGUAGUGGAGCUCUGUACAGGUGGCUCUUUGGAGUCUAUAGUUACCCAAGAUGGAUAUCUGUCAGAGGAUGUUGUCAGAAGUUUUGGAUGGAGUCUAGUCCAAGGAUUACAUUAUAUUCAUGAAAUGGGGGUGAUAUUAUCCGACCUAACACCAGCCAAGAUUCUCCUGGACAAUAGUGGUAUCUUAAAAUUUAGUAAUUUCUGUCACUCUAAAGCUGGAGGGGAAACCAUGGAUGAUAUUAUGAAUUUGGUUUCUACCCCUGAAAUAAUGGAACAGGGAGAUGUGCUGGAGCAGCUUGACAUAAUACAAACUAAAUUAAAAGGUUCGUUACUUUAUAAAGCCCCUGAAGUGUUUCUGGGAUCAGAAACAAGCAUGAGUUCAGACCUCUGGGCAUUGGGCUGUAUUCUCCAUUACAUGUACACAGGAAAGCCUCCAUUUUAUUGUGACAAAAGUGAUGAACUAACAAAUAUUAUUUUAUACAAAGAACCAUCACCGCUAAAACAACAAGAUUCUUCUGCAGAACCAAGUGAGAACUUGUCAAGCCUUAUUAAGGACCUUCUUAUUAAAGAUCCUUACAAAAGGAUGAACUGGCCUGAGUUGUUGCAACAUUCGUUUUGGGAUAAAGCUAGAAAAGAAGACGAGGCAUGUUAUGAUGAAGAGGAGUUUGAGACAGAUGAGGUUGAAGAAGAGAUUUUGGUUGAGUGUUCAACAAGUGAACGAAAUCUUCACAGUUUUUCUACUGCGGGUAGUUGUCUUGAUGAACACUCAAGGAAAAGUGCCUAUAGUGAAAGAAAGGUCGACAAGUUUGCUGAAAGUAAAAACACAAUUAAGUCAAUGUCUUUGGAUAGUCUAACAGAUUUCAGGCCAAAAGAAGGUGGGGAUGAUGAGGAGAAUACUGAGGGUUUAUUUCUGCUCAGUUCAUGUAUGAAUUCCAGAAAUGACAUCAGUCUCUCAGAAGGCUGUCCGUCAUCAGGGCCUCAGCCCACCACUGGCUCUGACAUCAUGUCAACCGUAAAAGUUCUUCUUUUCACUGAGUCAGACCUUACUAUCACAUCAAUCAUGGACAACCCAAAGAUUUUGAAGAGUAUACCAGUGCGGUUUGAUGCUAAAAGUCUUUGUGUGCCAGCAUAUUCAGCGGAAAAGCUUCUGUCCUUAAAUGACGAUGGUUGGAGCAUUUUUCUCAAGCAAAUCUGUUCAUUUUGUGAAGAAAAUCGGUCCACUUCUGCUGUCGGAAGUCCUCUUCCAGGUACAACCUGUUCAAAUGCCGCUCGCGCAAAACUGAAUCUGUUUUGCUACCUGUGCUGUGUGGUUGGACAUCAACAUAUUGCCAACAAGAUUUUGAAUUCUAGUCUGCUUCCGCUGUUGACGCAGCAGAUACGACACGCUCCAAACUGGGAUGUGAAAAGCAAAGUUCUUAGAGUUUUAGGACUUUUGGCAUUACACUGUACUGAUCUAGAAGAGCAUAGUCCUGUCUCUGAGGUGGUAACGACACUGACAGACCUGCUCAGGGAAAACUUACGAAACAGCAAAGUCAAGCACUUCCUGCUGCCGCCUCUCGGGGAGUUCCUCUACCUCAUCGCUUCACAGCAGGAGAAGAGAGGCUCCCCAGAGGGACUGUGGUUCGUUCCCGCUGCCGCCUACACCAGCUUAAUGAGGAGCCUGCGGGAAGGAGAUGAUUCAGUAAUUCAUCAUAUGGCUGCUAAAGCGGUUGAGAACAUUGCUACAGUGAUCCCUGGCCCAGCCCACUGCCUGGUGACCUCUGACACAGGCCCCGCCCUGUGGUACCUGUUCACCCACUCCACUGUGGAGGCAGUCAGAGUCACUGCCAUAUCUGCCCUCUGCCGGCUCACGCGGGUCGCCCCUGCAGUCUUCUGUGCAGUGAUUGACGUGUGUGGCCCUGCAGUUAUAUUGGAGGCAGUGGGUGGGGCAGGAGCCAGGGUCCAGCAGCACCUCCUGACUGCUCUGACCACGGCUCUGCUCACAACCAAAACAUACACCCACCGCAUCACUCAGAGCCAGAACCUGGUAGUGAAGGCUCUCCGCUGCCUUGAGAGUCCAUCCACAGUGACCCGAGCCAAAGCAUCACUGCUGUUGCUGCUGUUACUCCGAGACAAUACACAAACACUGCUGUACUGCUGUCAACACAGACUGGUGAUGUACCUCGAGCGAGACUUCCGGAAGGCCACUGUGCUGAGGGAGAACACGGUCCAGUCAGGAUACCUGUCCCAAUGUCUGGAAGUCAUGACUUCAUACCUGAGCCACACUGCACCACAGAUACUAGAGGAUGUGUUGUGUGCACUGAAAGGUGUGGUCGGGAGAAAGCACCCGUCAACUGCUCAGAGCCGACAGCUCAAACUCAUUUUACCAAAUGCAUCCAUUGUGUUGGAGCUUCUUUCUUCUCAGGUUUUCAGGUCACAGAUUGUGACAGAGAAGUUUCUGGAUAACAUUGGACAACUUCUUGACCAUAUAAUUAAUAUUGACUCAAAUGAAACUAAUCUGGCUUGUGCUGUGGGUGCAGCCACCUGUGAUGCAUUGAUACGUACAUCUCUGUCUAUUGUGGAAGUCUUAAGCCAACACCAGGCCCUCAUCUCUACACACCACACCAUUGUGGUGGAUAAAGUCCUGCCUCCACUCAUGACCUUGGCCUUCAGCAAAAAUGUGGAGUGGUGUCAGUUUGUGCUACAGGUGCUUUCAGAGCUCGGCCUAGUCCUCCUCAUUGAAGAGGAAAAAACUCAGCGAGACAAACAUAAGGCACAAUUAGUCGCUCUCAUUUCAAACUCUCUACUUUCAAGGUAUGAGAGCCUUCUUCGAGCCUCAGAGCCAAUCCCUGUUUAUGCCAUAAAACUGCUAGUGUCAAUGACGGAACACAGCGCUCAGAUCUGCAGGUUAAUAAAACACAGCACGAUUCUACCAGUGGUCUUUCAGCUCAUUAUGGCCUGCAAUAAUAAUGUGACCAGUGGGAUGGUUCAAAAUGCUGUUGCUCUGCUCUGUAACUUGAGUGGAGACACCAUUUUGGACCUAGAGCCUGUGCAUCAACAAGGCCUUGCAGAGGUGGUGGUGAAGACUUUGACCGAUGUGGCUUCAGUUCAUCUGGAUGGAAGGCUCAGUGACCGGAGGAGGGUCAGCCAGCCCGUCCAGCCCACCCUCCCCCCGCUGUUGGAGCUGCUGCACAACAUCCUCAAACAGACGUCCUCCGUCGUCCGCACAGCUCUGCAGAGCCAGAGGCUAUCUUGUCCAGCGGUGGAGACAGAGGCAGCAGAGAAGCUGCUCCUGGCCAACAGACCCCUGAGCCAAGUCAGCACUCACCUCAUCCACCUGUUGUCCGCAGAGCAUCAGGAGGUGUGGGAGGAAUCUCUUCAGUGCCUCUCCAUCUUGGUCCAGCUGUACGGAGGCGAGGGCCAGGACUGUCUCUCUGCAUCCUGUCUGUGCAGUUUUGUACACGUCCUCCGCUCCCACACUGAGCACAUUCGGGCUUUGCGCACUGCUCUGUGGAUUAUUAAGAGGCUGAUGCAAACCACUGGCACUGAUAAGUCCCAGUGGACGACCAGUUCUGAAGGAGGCCAACUUCUUGCUGUUAUCCAGGAACUCUCCCAGUCUGACAGAUGCCAUGCGGAGGUGGUGUCACUGGCUGCUGAAAUUAUUUCUCAAAAGACUAGAUAA